AUGAAUGCCACCAUGGAGUCCGAACCAGUCAGAGAGCUCCUCCAAAUGCUCACCCACGAUGUCCAGCGCCAGCAGCACACCCUCGUCGCGCUGUCAGUAGACCAGGGCAAUGCUUCCAGGCUCUGUUUGAAGCCCAAGCACAAGACCGGCAGCUUUCCAGCAAUGAUGUCUCUCAAAAUGGCUUCUCCACUUUAUCUUGUUUUUCUGUUCAUGAUCUCAGGAGCUCUUGGGAAUGAAUGGAGUGUAAAAUACAGCCAAGAAAAUCUCUGUGCUUUAAACGGAUCUACAGUGUUUAUGAACGGCACGUACACACGCCCAACACGUCUUACAGUGAAGGAGGAGUUUUGGGUAAUUGACCUAGUUUGGGGUGAAGAGUUUACUGACCUGCGUAAUGAACCACGUUACUCAGACAGAGUGGAGUAUUUAGGAGAUGAACAGAAACACUUCUCCUUCAGACUGAGUGAUGUGAAGAAAACAGAUGAAGACAUGUACUCCUUCAGAAUCACAACAAAUGAAGAGAAAGAAAGGUGGACGGGUUUACCUGGAGUUAGACUCACUGUUACAGAUCUUCAGGUGAUCGUUCCAAAAAAAGUGACAGAGGGACAGUCAGCUGUUCUGACCUGUAAAACCACCUGCAGUCUGACUGAUCCAACAUUCAUCUGGUACAAAAACAGUCAGGAUUUAACCACAAAGCCCACCAGGGGCAAUGAAGUUCACCUGCAGCGGGUCAGCAGUGAGGAUGCAGGCAGUUAUAGCUGUGCUGUAAGAGGAUAUGAACAUCUCCCCUCUCCUGCUCAAACCCUCAGCGUCAGAUAUCCUCCAAAGAACGUCUCAGUGUCCAUCAGACCCUCUGGUGAGAUAGUGGAGGGAAGUUCAGUGACUCUGACCUGCAGCAGUGAUGCGAACCCUCCUGUGGAGAACUACACCUGGUUUAAGGGGACGACAUCAGUAGGAAAAGGAAAGACCUACACCAUCUCCACUAUCAGCUCUGAGGACAGUGGAGAGUACAAGUGCAAGUGCAGGAAUGAAGUUGGAUAUCAGUAUUCCAUCAGUGUAACUCUGAAUGUUCUAUAUCCUCCAAAGAUCAUCUCAGUGUCCAUCAAGUUUUCUGGUGAGAUAGUGGAGGGAAGUUCAGUGACUCUGACCUGCAGCAGUGAUGCAAACCCACCUGUGGAGAUCUACACCUGGUUUAAGGUAAAUGAAUCCUCAGCUGUAGGAUCUGGACAGAGUUACAGAGCUCUACAGAGUGGACAGUACUACUGUGAGGCUCAGAAUAAACACGGCUCUGAGAGAUCUGCUGCAGUGUCCGUCACUUUAAAAGGUAAUUCUGUAAUUGUUUAUGUGGCUGUUGGACUCGGAUUUUUUGGCCUUGCUGCUCUUCUCUCUGCGCUCUUCUGGCUGAGAUGCAAGAGACAGAAGAAAAAGGCAGAUGAAGGUGACGAUCAGAACGCUGGGCCGAGUGCUAAAGACGACACGUACGCAGCUCUCAACCCUGCAGGACGGACAUCUGAUGAUGUGUAUCACACACUUGCAAUUUCUCAUCACAGUCCUCCUGCUGACAGGCCCACAUCCUCUGAUUACGAGAAUAUCUCAGUGCUCCUCCAGAUUCCUCCUAUAGCACUCCUUGUUCUUUCUUAUCUCCCUUUUGAGCUCAUUCUGCACUCUCCUCAGCUCUUCUUUGUCCCCAGAUCUGAAGGCCCUCAUCUUCUGAUUCAGCAGGGUUUUCAGGUCAGGAGUCACCCAUGCUUUCCAGCAAUGAUGUCUCUCAAAAUGGCUUCUCCACUUUACCUGGUUUUUCUGUUCAUGAUCUCAGGAGCUCUUGGGAAUGAAUGGAGUGUAAAAUACAGCCAAGAAAAUCUCUGUGCUUUAAACGGAUCUACAGUGUUUAUGAACGGCACGUACACACGCCCAACACGUCUUACAGUGAAGGAGGAGUUUUGGUUCAUAACAGAGUUUACUGACCUGCGUAAUGAACCAGGUUACUCAGACAGAGUGGAGUAUUUAGGAGAUGAACAGAAACACUUCUCCCUCAGACUGAGUGAUGUGAAGAAAACAGAUGAACAUGUGUACUCCUUCAGAAUCAUAACAAAUGAAGAGAAAGAAAGGUGGAUGGGUAAACCUGGAGUUAGACUCACUGUUACAGAUCUUCAGGUGAACGCUCCAGAAGAAGUGACAGAGGGACAGUCAGCUGUUCUGACCUGUAAAACCACCUGCAGUCUGACUGAUCCAACAUUCAUCUGGUACAAAAACAGUCUGGAUUUAACCACAAACACCACCAGGGGCAAUGAAGUUCACCUGCAGCGGGUCAGCAGUGAGGAUGCAGGCAGUUAUAGCUGUGCUGUAAGAGGAUAUGAACAUCUCCCCUCUCCUGCUCAAACCCUCAGCGUCAGAUAUCCUCCAAAGAAUGUCUCAGUGUCCAUCAGACCCUCUGGUGAGAUAGUGGAGGGAAGUUCAGUGAAUCUGACCUGCAGCAGUGAUGCGAACCCUCCUGUGGAGAUCUACACCUGGUUUAAGGAGAACAAAUCCUCACCUGUAGGAUCUGGACAGAGUUACAGAGCACUACAGAGUGGACAGUACUACUGUGAGGCUCAGAAUAAACACGGCUCUGAGAGAUCUGCUGCAGUGUCCCUCAAUGUCCCGUAUCCUCCAAAGAACGUCUCAGUGUCCAUCAGACCCUCUGGUGAGAUAGUGGAGGGAAGUUCAGUGACUCUGACCUGCAGCAGUGAUGCGAACCCUCCUGUGGAGAUCUACAACUGGUUUAAGGGGACAACACCAGUAGGAAAAGGAAAGACCUACACCAUCUCCAAUAUCAGCUCUGAGGACAGUGGAGAGUACAAGUGCAAGUGCAGGAAUGAACUCAGACAUCAGUAUUCCAUCAGUGUAACUCUGAAUGUUCUGUAUCCUCCAAAGAAUGUCUCAGUGUCCAUCAAGUUUUCUGGUGAGAUAGUGGAGGGAAGUUCAGUGAAUCUGACCUGCAGCAGUGAUGCGAACCCUCCUGUGGAGAUCUACACCUGGUUUAAGGUAAAUGAAUCCUCACCUGUAGGAUCUGGACAGAGUUACAGAGCUCUACAGAGUGGACAGUACUACUGUGAGGCUCAGAAUAAACACGGCUCUGAGAGAUCUGCUGCAGUGUCCGUCACUUUCAAAGGUAACUCUGUAAUUGUUUAUGUGGCUGUUGGACUCGGAUUUUUUGGCUGUGCUGCUCUUCUCUCUGCGCUCUUCUGGCUAAGAUGCAAGAGACAAAAGAAAAAGGCAGAUGAAGGUGACGAUCAGAACGCUGGGCCGAGUGCUAAAGACGACACGUACGCAGCUCUCAACCUUGCAGGACGGACAUCUGAUGAUGUGUAUCACACACUUGCAGUAAGUGUUUACUGA